GGCUGAGGCGGUGAUCACUGGUGAGUGUUGAGGUCAGAGAGAGGACGUGAAGUUGCUACCACGUAAACACCGCCACCACACCAGCAUGUUGAUGCGCGCCCUGCUCGCCCUCUGCCUCGUCGCCUGCGUUCUCAGCGACCCAUGGCCACAAAGUGCAGACGACGGUGACGACUGUGAUGCAUGCGUCCCCAGCAGCUGUGUGGAUGUCUCACGGUACUGCCCUGACCACCUGAUCCUUGAUUCUUGCGGCUGUUGCAAAGUCUGCUCCAAGAUCGUUGGUGACUUGGGGGACCCGCAUCACGCCCACUGCCUGGAGGACAAGGACGACCACGAUGUCCACGAUCACAACCAUGAAACCCACGACGAGUUCUGUGAAGCUCUUGGUCACCAAGGGUAGUGCAUGCCGACCAAGCCCAGCCCAGGGAGGGACCAUCUACAACAACACACAGGAAGGUCCCACAGGAGGCGCACACAUGAUUGACCUCCCAGGAGAAACCACAGAAGAACUGUUGACAUGGUCGAGACUAUAUGAUCUUGGUCAUGGUCUUUAACACCUAGAAUAGCCACUCAGAUGCUGUUAACCAUCCUAAAUUAAACAACCUAGUUUGACGUCAUUAAGGUUACCAUUGAGCGUGGUUAGUAACUGGUUACCUGAGUGACGCCGGAGACGGUUGGUGACGCUGGCUGGGUUAUAGUGACAUCAUUGUUUACUAACAUGUCUGCCUUCCCCCCCCCCCCUUCCUGGUGCUUAGUUGACAACAUGGCGCUGGCCUUCUCCCUCUCUUGGCUCCUGAACGAUCCACUUCCUCGUAUUUUACAAUUAAUGAUAAUUUUCCAUAAAUUCA